UAAAAAGGCAGCGACAAUGUCUGGACAAGUCUUCUAAGUCAGUUGACAACGACUUUGUGGGAGGAAAAAUAAUCGACAUUUAGACGGUAGGUGACGGUUCGAGUCUCGUGACAUCAUAUGGACGAUGGUCAGACUUCAUUAACAUCGAUUUAGCCUCGCAUCUGCGUGGUGUGUACCUGUCCUCACCUCGAGUCCUUGACAUUAGACACCUGCAUGAUGAAGCGCUUCGUCUCCAAAUUAUUUGCCCCAGGAGAAGAUACGCAGGCUUUGAUUCAACCUGUCCACCCAGCCUCUGAAGUCGGUCCUUCAGAAGAUGGCGUUCCAACUGGUGGGGUUGGCCGCGGGCCAGACACCCUAUAUAAGACCUUCCAACACUCGCACCCGAUCCUCCGAGCACCCGACGAGCCAGCGUCAGACCCGCAGCUCGAGAACCUCGUGGAGUUGGACAAGCCACCGCAGGCGUCGGCACCCUCUGAGAUCUACCCGACUCUGCCGCUUCCACCCGGCGACGUGGUCGAAGCCACCCCAGGAUCCUCAUCGAUCAGUCGUGAGCAGCAUCUGGCGGACGAGACACCACUGUCCUUUCGUGCUCGGGACGGUCAAGCAUCUGAUCGAGCUCUUUCACGAGGUUUAAUUCCCCACCAACCACCAGAGGUACCGUUGGGAGACACUGACAUUUGUCGUAACGACCAGCAAUCGAAGAUGGAGAGAGACAAAGAUUCUUGGUCCAACGGCAAAGGUCCUGACACCUCGAGCCCCUACACCUCCAAAACCGAGAUCUUGACCGAUGGAGGCUCGAACGGUCCGAAGGGUGCACCUGGCAGCCGUCAGUUCGUGUACGUGUUGGCUUGCUUCGCGACCAUCGGCGGACUGCUGUUUGGUUACGAUACGGGAAUCGUUUCUGGUUCCAUGCUGAGCAUCAAGGUUGUCUUCAAACUCAACACCGUCUGGCAGGAGGCCAUCGUCUCCGGCACCAUCGCCGCAGCAGCAGUCUUCUCGCUCGUCUCCGGUGUCGUCUGCGACCUCCUGGGUCGCCGAGUGACCAUCAUGGCGGCUUCCUUCAUCUUCGCGGCGGGAGCCAUUGUCAUGGCCGUGUCCCCAACCAAGGUGGUGCUGCUGGUGGGAAGAAUUAUCGUCGGCGCUGGCAUUGGGUUUGCCUCCAUGACUGUACCCGUUUAUGUGGCCGAGGCUGCUCCACCCGACAUCCGUGGUCGUCUGGUAACCUUGAACCAGCUCUUCAUCACCAUCGGCAUCCUCAUCUCGAGUAUCAUCGCUGGCGCCUUUCACGAGGUUCCAGAGGGGUGGAGGUACAUGCUAGGGUUGGCAGCUAUCCCAGGAGUCAUUCAGUUUAUCGGUUUUAUGUUUCUACCCGAGUCACCCAGGUGGCUGAUUUCCAAGGGACGAACGGAGGACGCCCGUAAAGUGCUGCAACGCAUUCGAGACAGCGACAACAUCGACGACGAGCUUAAAGAGGUCGCAGAGGCAGAGUCAAGCUCACAAACUGGGUUCGUGCUGGGCGAGGUGUUGAGGACACCGCACGUGAGAAAGGCGCUGUUCAUAGGAAGUGGCCUGCAGCUCUUCCAGCAACUAUGUGGAAUCAACACUGUGAUAUACUACAGCGCCUCUAUUCUCAAGCUGGCUGGCUUUCCUUCCGGCCAGGCUAUCUGGCUGGUCUGCGUACCCAACGUUGUGAACUUCCUGUCCACCUUCAUCGGCGUGUGGGCCGUGGAGAGGUUUGGGCGCAAACUGUUGCUCGUCGUCAGCUUUCUGGGUGUCGUGCUUGCGCUGGUCGUGCUGGCUGUUGGGUUUCAACUGUCGGCCAUCCAUUCCCCACCCGUCAACGUCACCCUAAGCAGCAUGGGGUACAAUGACUCGUGUGCUACGUUAUACGACGUGUGUGAAAACUGCAUCCUGAACAAAGACUGCGGCUACUGCUACGACAAGAGCGAUCUCCCGUCGGCCACCUGCGCACACGCCAUCGAGGACAACGAGGAGAACGCGCUUUACGGUGGCUGCAGCAAAAACACUACAGCCACCCGGAGUGACCUCAAGUGGGCCCUCGGGUACUGCCCCACCGACUAUAACUGGAUGGCUGUGAUCGGCUUGGCCCUCUUCGUCUUCUCCUUUGCGCCAGGACUGGGACCGAUGCCCUGGACGAUCAACUCCGAGAUCUACCCGAUGUGGGCCAGAGGUACUGGCAACGCCAUCGCCACGGCCGUCAACUGGGUCUUCAACCUCAUCGUCUCCUUCACCUUCCUGACCAUGACGGAAAACAUCACCAAGCACGGUACUUUCUGGUUGUUUGCCGGAAUAUGCUUUCUGGGGAUGGUCUUCACUCUCAUUUUCGUGCCGGAGACGAAGAACAAAAGUCUGGAGGAGGUGGAGGAGCUGUUCAUGUCCGCGCCUGAACGCAAGAAUCGGCAACGACAGCGGGAGAUCAAAAACAGCGUGAUCAUUGAAGAAAAACCCGUCAGGAACGUCACCAACACGAGGCUUUGAGCGGAUUGGUCCAGAUCUUUUCAUUAGGUUCGUGUAGGCCAGCCAAGGAGUUCUGUGUUACAAAUCUCGUACAUCUUCAUCGAACUUAACACUUUUUUCGGACUGUGCACAGUCGUGAGCCCCAUUCUCUGCCUCUUCAACCUUUUUGGCCUCCUCGGUUGCUCGGCAACACCAACGUCACAGACAGCCGAUGGUCACGUGACAUGGACGGAUGCCCUUCAGUGGACAUUUUUGCGUUGAGUCACUGCGUCCAUGCGUGCUUGGCGACCAUUGGAUGAGGCAGAGGUUGAAUGUGAUUGGCUGGGAGACGGGACCGAAUGUUGCCAGCUUCCGGAAUGCACCACUUUCCAGCUUCAAGGCCGCGACAUUUGGGAUGCUGACUACAUAGCAUCCAGCCGUAAAUUCUAGCAAUUCUAGGAAAUGGCACUGAGUAGGUCUAACAUUUUUAUUCAAAUGGAAAGGACUGCACUUGCAAGAAAGUAUGUAACUAUGCAUGCCGUUGCCUUCAGUUAUUAGGUUACCUUAAAAAGCUGCGAACUCUUGUCCGCUCGCAGAUGUCGGAAGUCUCUCAGCUUAAAACCGUAAAUUGAGUAGCACUUAACAGCCAAUCACAUUAUCUUUAGUCAAAGCCAAAACUGGAUAAUGAUCUGCAGGUAGCGAGAAGAUUUGCUGUUAUUAACGACACUUCAACAUUGCAUGAGUUACAGUAAGAAAUUAUUUACUAGACUCCUUCGUAGGGCCUGAUGUAAUGGCUUGUCUCGACAGAGGUGGGGAGGGUCUGGUGUAUGAGAGGGCCCGGCCUUGGUCAGUGGAUUUUUUCCUCCUUCUUUUUCUGUUCAAGAAAGGUUGACGCAACAUUCCUCACUCUGCGGAUUUUUUUCUGUGGAGCGGAGUGCUAAAAGAUUAAUCCUUUAAUAUAAUUUUUCCUCCUUUACUAACCACUCACGUAUAAGCAACUCGAUGUUGAAGUAGUGAUGUAGAUGUUAGUGCACUUGUUCUAAUGUUUGCAGUCUAUAUUACAUUCCUGAAUGAACUGUAAAUAUUGGCAAUCGAAUUGUAAGCAUAUUAUUGUAUACUGAGAAAAUAAUUUACGAUAACAAUUACAAGGGACCGUUAGAGGUCGUCUGCUAGCUCUCGGCUGUACAUAUGUUUGUUAUCGCUAACAUGAUAAUGAUAAUGCAUUUGUUACAUAUGCUAUUCUUACCUUAUUGGAAGUAUCUCUCUUCGAUUCUCUGUGUCUGUUUUUGAUCAGAUUUUUUUUAAAGAAGAAUGCGCUCUAGAGCUCGUGAUGAAUGAAUAUGUGUGCACGCAUACGUGCAUGUGUGUGUAUAUAUGUGUGUGUAAGCGUGCGCGAGAUUGUAUGUAUGCCAGACUAUGUCUGUACAUAUAUUUGUAGCUCUGUAUAUGAUAUAAUAACAGUCCAUAUAUACUUGAUCUCUAUGUAUAUAUUUUGCUUUCUUUUAAAUAUAUAUAUAUUUGUAAUUUUUCUGCACAACUUCAUCGGUAAACUUUCAUUCUUCACGAUGACUUUUUAUUUUAUUGCAAAUGUUGGACUUUUUUUUCUUUUUGGUCCUUACAUUCACUUAAGGCAAAGAUAGUUUCGUAACCUAGGUAACUGGAGUGUGUUAGAACUUUUAGACUGUACUCUUUUUGCGCGUGUCUGGGAGAGAGAGAGUGUGUGUGUGUUAGUGUAACGGUGUGUUAGAGUGUGCGUGGGAGCGUGUGUGUGAAGUGAUAGUGUGUGCGAGUAUGUGGGAUAGUAUACGAGGGAAAGUAUGUGAGACUGAGUGUAUGAAUUGGUAUGUGAGUGAGGGUAUGUACGAGUGUAUGUGUGAGUGCAUUGUGUGUGUGAGAGAGAGAGAGAAUGUAGCAGUGUGAGUGUGCGUGGGUAUGUGGAUAAGUCUGCGUGAGUGUGUGCUAUAAAGUGUAUGUGUGAAUGUAUGGUGUGCCGUGUUUUUGUAUGAGUGUAUAUCAGAGUGUGUGAUUUUAUGUGUAUGAAUGUAUAUUGUGUAUGUGAGUGAGUGUUUCCUCACCUCCUCCCCUUCUUUAUUCACGUGACUUUAAAAUCACAUUACUGCUAUGUUUGAGAAAUGUUUUGCCCUUAUUAAAAUCACAAGACACACCGUGUCACAUCUGUAACACUUAAAGCUAUACAAUGUGAAAGAGUCUGUAAGAACUUGUUGGACAUUCUGUGCCUUACCAUCUUUAGGUAUAGAUGUACAGAUGACAAAGUGGGCUUUGCUUUUUAUUCAGUCUCCGAACAAACUAUAUGCUAACUAUAAUCUGCCUAAAAAUAUUAACCAGACAAGUUUGCUUGAAAGAAAACUCUCAGAACACUAGAAGACAUUCCAGAAGGUGCACGUUGAGCACUUCUUUGAAAGCACAGGAAAGUGUCCGAGGUUUGUUGAGGUGACUGAGUGCGUGCCUUUAUUAGUCAAAUGAGACGGUAACGUGUACUUGUUCACAUGUGCCUAGCGGAAAAUGAGAGGGUGUACUUGUUUCGCUGGUGGCUAGUGAAAUCAGUUUGUCAUUUGACAAAUACAUGUUUUCCAUGUAGUGCACAUUUUUCCUCUUGACUCUUGAUUACGGUGGAUGUUGCUCCUAGCCAGUUGAGAGUUUAUUCUCCCAUCGAAUCUUCAAAUUAUUUUAUUUCUUCCUACAUAAUCAAAACUUUCACAUCAUAUCCACAAUCUGUGAUCCAAUAGCCUUAUGAUAAUUACUAUUUCUAACAAAAAUCUAGCCAUGCUGACUUUUACAAAUAUUUUUUUAAUCGGAAAAAGUGCCUAGUUGUUUACAAAGCGAUGAAUUCAGCAACACAAUCUUAUUUUUUAUUUAUUAAUCUUCUUCUUAGCCAAGACAGGUAACGAAAAAUAGUGAUCUUUACUCACGUACAGCCAAGGUCAUGGCUGUCACACCCUGAGCCUGGUUGCAGACUACCGUCGCUAGGCCAUCUUUGGCCAUUGACUCAUUGACCCAGUGAUACAAGCAGUACUCGUAUAUUUUUGUCAUUAGUAGCAGAAUUUUCGUCGCGAAUGCACGCGGUACACGGAGAACGGUAAGGCAGGAAAUAAGAGUCGCGACUCAGAAAAGGAAUAAUAAUAAUAAAUCCAGGUCUAAAGACUGACCAGCAGAGACAUAAAAGUCAAGGGAGACAAGUAGUGGAUGUAGUAAAGGGAGAUAAUACCUUAAACGAAGGUAGUAGAAAGGGGAAAUUUCAAAGGAGACAAUACAAAACUGAACGCACUACUGAAAACAGCAGGCCAAUGGAGAAGAUUUAUGGUUUGGUGUGUUUGUUAAAACAAGUCGAUCUUUCAAUGUUUAUUAAUAAGCAGGUCGGAUAUGCCAGUCGCGCAAAAUGUAAAAUCGGAAAACGAUACUGUAGACAACCAGAAUUUAUUUCAGGAAAAUUCGAUCCAGAAUUGCAGGUCAAGAUAUGUCAGAAGGUAAUGUGGCUGACCUUCAGCGAACAAACACGCAAAAUAUGAUCACCAUUGUCAUGUGACUGUCAUUGUCACAGGACCGUGCUCGUAACGGCUUAACGUACGUCACUGUGCCGUACUGCACACGUUUCUGGAGAAAAUGGUGGAGAGUUGGUCGCGAGGAAGCCUUCUAUUUGUAGCUGCCUCGCAGCUCGGAUCCGUAAUGUGGCUACUUAGGCAGCUAGGGAAAGCAAGAAAAAAAUCCAGAUUUAUUUGCUGACAAGGAUGCGUGUGAAUAUUCUGUUAGGCUAUCCCUUGGACCCUCUCGUCUAAGAGAUGUUUUGGGGCUGUCUAUUCACAGCGAGACAACACAUAACUUGUGUAACAUUAGCACAUCUUUUUGUGAUUAAAAAUUGUAUAUAUUUAAA